CCACACUUCCAUUCAAUCUCCUCCCUCCCACCUCCACCCCAUCAUUCACACAUGCUAUAGGUUGGCUUGCUGCCUUUCUGAGGAGUGGCCCAUUAAUACCUCAGGGCCAAAGCCGGUGCCUGCCACUCUACUCUCUGCCUUCAGUCCAGCCACCAUGACAGCAUUUUUCUCCGGCUUCCUGAUCUCUGUGCUGCUGCUCUUUCAGGAGCAGGGAGUUAAUGGGGUCCCUCCUCAGCUGAGAGGUGUCCAAUGUAGGACAAGACCUACAGACCUGCUCUUCAUCGUUGACAGCUCCCGAAGUGUGCGCCCCAAUGAAUUUGAGCAAGUCAAGGUCUUCUUGUCCAAGGUCAUUGAGUCACUUGAUGUGGGACCAAAUGCUACACGGGUUGGUGUCAUCAAUUACGCCAGUGCGGUCAAGAAUGAAUUGUCCCUCAAGACUCACCGUACCAAGGCCAGUCUGCUGCAAGCUGUUCGCAAGAUCGAACCACUCUCCACUGGGACCAUGACAGGCCUGGCUAUCCAAUUUGCAAUCAACAGAGCAUUCAGUGAGGUCGAAGGCGCCCGAGUGAGAGCUCCAGAGAUUAACAAGGUAGCCAUUGUAGUGACAGAUGGACGCCCCCAGGAUGGGGUGAAGGAUGUGUCAGCAAGGGCCCGAGCUCUUGGGAUUGAAAUUUUUGCCAUUGGCGUGGGCCGUGUGGACAUGCACACUUUGCGGCAGAUGGCCAGCCCACCUCUGGAUGAGCAUGUGGAUUAUGUGGAGAGCUACAGUGUCAUUGAGAAGCUGACCAAGAAGUUCCAGGAGGCAUUCUGCGCUGUGUCAGACCUGUGUGCCACUGGAGACCACGAUUGCCAGCAGAUCUGUGUCAGUACAGGGGCUUCUUAUACCUGUGCAUGUAAAGAGGGGUUCACGCUUAACACUGACGGAAAAACCUGCAGUGCCUGCAGUGGAGGGGGCGCCACGGACCUUGUCUUCCUGAUUGAUGGGUCAAAGAGUGUGAGGCCAGAGAACUUUGAGCUGGUGAAGAGGUUCAUCAACCAGAUAGUGGAUUCCCUAGAUGUGUCGGACAGGAAUGCGCAUGUGGGCCUGGUCCAGUAUUCUAGUUCAGUAAGGCAGGAAUUUCCACUGGGGCAAUACAAGAACAAGAAUGACAUCAAAUCAGCAGUGAGAAGGAUGUCUUACAUGGAGAAAGGCACCAUGACUGGCCAAGCUUUGAAAUUCCUAGUGGACAGUUCCUUUGCCAUCUCCAGUGGUGCAAGGCCUGGAGUCCCCAAGGUAGCAAUUGUCUUCACUGAUGGCCGGUCACAAGAUUACAUCAAUGAUGCUGCCAAGAAAGCCAAAGAACUAGGUUACAAGAUGUUCGCUGUUGGAGUAGGCAAUGCUGUUGAAGACGAACUUAAAGAAAUUGCCUCAGAUCCGGUGGCAGAGCAUUACUUCUACACUGCUGAUUUCAGAACCAUCAACCAAAUUGGAAAGAAACUACAAAGUAAAAUCUGUGUUGAAGAAGAUCCAUGUGAAUGUAAAGCCAUUGUGAAGUUCCAGACAAAGGUAGACAACCUCAUAAAGGCACUGACACGGAAACUGGAAGCCGUGUCGAAGAAGCUUGCCGCCCUAGAAAACAGGAUCACUGUUUAAAAAGCGGAAUCAUUUCAUCUCCUUCCCAACUCAAAAUAAACACACCAGAAGACUCUGACAGAUGUGGAUGGGCGGGUCUUCCCCAGUGCUGACUAUACUUCUUUCUGAGAAGGAGGAAAAUUUGUGAUGGUAUGCAGGUCAUGGUAAUGCACUAGAAGUCCAUGUGUUACCAAACACCAUUAAACUUUCCUCGCACCAUAGAAUAUGCAUAUAUCAAAUACCCGGAGAAUUUGUUUUAAUCUAAAGCUUAAUAUAUACAUCUAUAUUGUUUUAAUAUGUUCUUUUCUAUGAGUUCUGUGAAUGCUUGGUGGGUUCUGUUUUGGUUGCCGUGUUUGCUCUCAUUUUGUUUAAGAACUGAAUUUGACUCAUGUGACUCUGAAUGUUUUUUUUAUGGCAAAUGUAUAAUUUAUGCAUAAAACAUAUAUCUAGAAGUAGAUGGAACAAUUAAAGAAUAUUAAGCACAGCACGCAAGCUAAGAUGGUCCUGCUGCAAACUCCUACUCCUGGAAUGAGAAGAAAAAGCAAGCACGGUUAGAUCGCCUGGAAAACCAUGGCCAACAUUUCUGCUCACCAAUAAUAGUCUCUCCCUAGCUUCAGAGAAUCACAAAAUUAUAGAGCUGGAAGGGAGCCCAAGGUCCUCUAGUCCAACCCCCUGCAAUGCAGGAAUCACAAGGUUUUUCAAAGUCAAGUCUGGUUUUGUAUGAAGGACUAAAUCCAUGGACUUGUACGCAGUUGCACAGGACAGCUUAGUUGGCGCAAUGGAAUAUUGCCGCUUGCUAACUCCUUACCUAUGCAACCCUCUCUAAUGUUAUUGGUGGCCACAUCUCAAGCAACCAAUAACUUCAUAAUCAUUAUAAGCAAACAGUGCAGGACACUGCAACUGGAGGAAACCCUGGCCAUGAAAUUUUCAUCAUAGGUUAACCAAUCAGCUUUCCUUUAUGGCAUAGGGCUGUGGCUCCGUGGCAGAGCAUCUGAUUCGUGCGCAGAAAGUCCCAGGUUCAGUCCCCAGCAUCUUCAGGUAGGGCUAGGAAUGUUCCCUGUCCGAAUCCUUGGAGAGCAGCUGCCAAUCAGUUUAGAUAAUGCUGAGCAAGAUGGUUCAGUGUUCUGCUGUCUCUGAUGUAGGUGAUACAAAACCAAAGGCCAAUAUGAUCCCACUUCAGGGUUUCUGUUGCUCCCGUUAAAAGUCCUUUGUCUCCAUUGACCUAGAUGUAACUAGUAAUGCCAAGGCAUGCUAUGCAAAACACACAAGCAUCACCACUGCACCCUUCCGAAUGUGAGCGCAAGGGGCUGGGCUUUGGUUAAUUUUGUAGGGGUUUGUAUUGGAAUAUUUAUACUUGAGAGUAUGUAAAAGGCUUUUCAGAAUAACAAGAGUACUCAGAAAUGUCAUCGUAAAAGUUGUUUUUGUUUGUAGGCAAAAUAAUUAAAGUUCAGUUAAAUAUUUAA